ACUGUUUUUGUAAGGCCCAUUCACCUACCCCACCUCUCUCUCUCUCUCUCUCUCUCUCUCUCUCUGUUCUGUAGGUAUUCCUGCCCUAAGAGAGGGAGAGAGGGAGGGAGAGUCCCUCCCCCAAAAAUCUCAGCCAUCUAUACAUUCAUUCAAAACAAAGAGCAAAAACCUUUGAUUGGAUCGGGCAAAACCCGCUUCCCAUCAGGAAUAACCGUUCACAGGCGACGAAGAAGAGAAACCAUGCGAUCUUCUCCUUACUCUUCUCCCUCCGAUCCCAGCCGUUGAUGGCCCUGCAAAUGACGUGGCAGCCAAAUCUCCACCGUCGCAAAUCGGGCCCACCUCUCGGCUUGAAGAACCUCGGCAACACCUGUUACCUCAACAGCGUCCUCCAGUGCUUAACCUACACGCCUCCUCUCGCCAAUUUCUGCCUCAAGAACCAACACUCCUCCCUCUGUGGAUCUUCGUCGGGCACAGCUGAUUGCCCCUUCUGCAUCCUGGAGCGCCGGAUCGUGCGGUCCCUCAGCAUCGACGUUGCCCAAGACGCCCCCUCCAAGAUCAGCAACUCCCUCAGGAUCUUCGCCGAGCACUUCCGCUACGGCCAGCAGGAGGACGCCCACGAGUUCCUCCGCUACGUCAUUGACGCCUGCCACAACACCUGCCUUAAACUCCUCAAGAGCAAGAAGCAGCUGCUGCACCAGCACCACCGCAAUGGCGGCGGCGGGCCGGCCAACGGAGCCGACCCGCUUCUGCACCGCCACGACACUGUCAUGAAGGAGAUCUUUGGUGGUGCGCUGCAGAGCGUCGUGAAAUGCCUGUCGUGCGGUGCUGAGUCCAGCAAGACAGAUGAAAUCAUGGAUAUCAGCCUUGAUUUGUUCCAAUAUAACUCCUUGAGAGAAGUUCUGCGCCGGUUCUUCCAACCAGAGACCUUGGAUGGCAACAACAAAUACAAAUGUGGCAAGUGUAAGAAGUUGUCAGCAGCUAAGAAGCAAAUGUCCAUUCUUCGAGCACCUAACAUCCUUGUCAUCCAGCUAAAGAGAUUUGAGGUCAUCCCUGGUGUGAAGAUUGAUCGGGCCAUUGCCUUUGAGGAGGUUUUAACGCUUUCAAGUUACAUGUGCAAAGCAAGCCAGGAUACACAGCCAGAGUAUAACCUUUUCGGCAGCAUUGUGCACUCAGGCUACUCAGUAGAUUCUGGACAUUAUUAUGCAUACAUCAAGGAUGCCACAGGCCGCUGGUAUUGUUGCAAUGAUCAUCAAGUUUCUCUCUCAACCCUGCAGGAAGUUUUGUCAGAGAAGGUUUAUAUUCUAUUUUUCUCUCGUAGCAAUCAAAGGCCGAGGCCAGCCAAAGGUGGUGGUUUCGCCAAUGGAAAGAAGUCUCCUGAUUGCAGUAGGAAUAAUGUAUCAGUUAACCAGAAGGCAACUGUCUCAUCGAAACUCCCACCCACAAGACCGCAUGGUGCACAUCAUUCUGAGAAGGAUAUUCCAACCACAUCAAAGAUUGGUAAAGCACCUUCAAGCCCACAGAUAAAGUUUAACCUUAAAUCCCCAGGAUCCAAAAGAAUUGAUGCAAAUGGGAAUGGUAACUCAAAGGUUCACAACAAUGGAUUCACAGGAAAGCACGGUCACCAUGAAGAAUCAUUAGGUCCCGAAAAGAUUAGGAUAUCAUUGGCGUCUAACUCCGCUGAAGAAUCAACUGUUGUACAAAAGCUAGAGAUGCCAUCUAUACCUAAUGAUAAGCAUGCUGAGGGUAAAAACUUUUCUGAUGGUGCGGAUUCUGAAAGCAAGCAAACAUUUUCAGUACCAAAUGGGAAAGGGGAAAUUCAGAGCGUUGGUGUUGAUUCAGAAAAAGCAGAAGUUCGUGAGGACACUGUUACUAGAAAUGUGGUUGCAGUAAGCAGAGAAUCGGGUCCUGGCCCUGUCUCAAAUGAGAAGGAUAAGUACCCCUCUGAUAUCCAAAGAUUUAAGAGAAAAUCUCCAGACAUUGAAAAAGUGGAGACUCCCCUUGCUAUUGAGUCGAGCAAUUUGCCCGAACAAGCUGCCUAUUCCGGGGAAAAACUUGAGGAGUUUAAAGAACUGCUUGCUAAGGAAGCAAUUUCAGAUUUACAUUCAUGUGGGUGGGUUGAUAAAGUGCACAGUUACAUGCGUGGAAAGAAGAGGUUGUGUGCACAAUCAGCAGGAGGCACUCCCAGUAACACUGAGUUAAAGAAGCUGCUGAUUGUGGAUGCUAAGCAGCAGUUCAUCUCCCAAGUUCCAGAAUCAUUAAAGGAGAAUCUUAUUCGACGCCUCAGAUCAGUUAGCGGCAGAAAACAGUUACUGGAUGUGUAAACAACUGAUGAUGUCUCUUGGCGUGUUUGGCUACCCGAGCUGGUGUAUAAUCUGUAUUACUCAUGUAUGCAACAUUUCAGCGACCGUUUUUUCUUCCAGGAAAUGAUAACGAUGGGUGCAUGGGAGAAUUCGAGUUCCAUAAGGACAGACUAAGCGGUAUUUGUGACCACUUCUUCUAGUGGAUCCAACACCUCGGCAAAGUUGUUUUCCCAGCCAUGAUGCUGCAGCCUGCUCUGGGCAGGGAAUGAGUAACAUUCUUGUGUAUGAUAUCCUUUUUGACAAUGUCUUCAAAGUGCGAACCUCAGUUCUUGAGGGCUUUCAAUUUUCCAUCAAAUGUGGCAAGAUAUGGUAUCAUUAGGACUUACCCAAUUAUUGAGUUCCUUAAUUAGAUGACCGGCGAGGUUUUACUUUCCUGAAAUACGUCGUACUUGCUCUAGAAAUUGUUGUUCAUGUUGACCUGUGGUUCUUCACGGUUGUGGUUUUGAAUGGGGGUGAGAUCACUUUGUGCUUUCAGGUUCAUGAUAUGCAAUCUUUUUUUAUUUGUCAAAAUGACGUUUUGAAUACAGGCGAACCCAGUAUUUGUAGGGGACAUUGAAUUGUAGUUUAUUUUCCUUGGGCGGAUUUUAACACUCAUAGUUAUCAUGCUGAA